CAUCCGCACAGUCACCCGGCCGAAGCUGAAGGAAUCUGGCUAUCGCAUCGGAGUGACCUGAGUGUCACCCUGUGGGAGUUCAACACACUCGUGGAGCCCACCGCAGGGAGCACAAGUGUCCGGACUUUAUUUGAGCUGAAAGAAGGACUUUUGUCAGCAGAGAAAAUAAGAAACCAGCAUGAUGGCAGUUCUUGGCAGCGCCGGUCGCUUGAUUCAAUUUGCCAGGAGCAGCGUCGGCCUGAGUCUGAGGAGACGCUCCACCGCUGCAGCUUUAGCCCAGCGUGCAACUCCAGACACACAAGAAAACAGGAAACCUAAAACGGGAAUCCUGAUGCUGAACAUGGGAGGACCGGAGAAACUGGAGGAUGUUCAUGACUUCCUGCUGCGGCUCUUUAUGGACACAGACCUGAUGAAACUUCCCGUACAGAAUAAGCUGGGUCCGUUCAUCGCUAAGCGGCGCACACCAAAGAUCCAGGAGCAGUACAGUAAGAUCGGAGGAGGCUCCCCCAUCAAACACUGGACCUCCAUGCAGGGAGAAGGCAUGGUGAAGCUGCUGGAUGAAAUAAGCCCCGACACUGCUCCUCAUAAGUUCUACAUCGGUUUCCGGUACGUUAACCCGCUGACGGAGGAAGCCAUUGAGGAGAUGGAGAAAGAUGGAGUAGAGAGAGCCGUGGCCUUCACUCAGUACCCUCAGUACAGCUGCUCCACCACAGGCAGCAGUCUGAACGCCAUCUACCGUUACUACAGCAACAGAGGAGAUAGGCCCAAAAUGCGCUGGAGUGUCAUCGACCGUUGGCCGACACACCCUCUGCUGGUGGAGUGUUUUGCAGAACAUGUCAGAAACGAACUGUUGAAGUUUCCAGAAGAAAAGAGAGAUGAUGUCGUCAUUUUAUUCUCAGCACACUCGCUCCCCAUGGCUGUUGUAAACAGAGGCGACCCGUAUCCUCAGGAAGUGGGAGCUACAGUACAGCGGGUCAUGGAGAGACUGGGACACUGUAACCCCUACAGACUGGUGUGGCAGUCCAGGGUAGGCCCCAUGCCGUGGCUCGGACCCCAGACAGACGAGGUCAUUAAAGGUCUGUGUGAACGAGGGAAGAAGAACCUGCUGCUGGUGCCCAUCGCCUUCACCUCAGACCACAUAGAGACAUUACAUGAGCUGGACAUCGAGUACGCACAGGUGCUGGGGGAAGAGUGUGGAGUGGAGAACAUCAGGAGAGCAGAGUCACUGAAUGGAAACCCACUAUUUAUGAAGGCCCUCGCAGACCUCGUCCAGUCCCACCUGAAGUCCAACGAGCCGUGUUCCCGCCAGCUGACCCUGCGCUGCCCGCUGUGCACCAACCCCACCUGUGGAGAGACCAAGGCCUUCUUUGCCAGCCAGAAACUUGUAGAAACAUGCCAUCACACAUCCUGAAGCCCUGUUUUUUUACAACAGGGCUACUCCUGGAGAGGCUAUAGACCUUUUUUUUUUUUUUUUAAAUGAAAGCUUCAUACACAGAUACGCACAAUCUCCCAAGCAAGAGCAUCCAUGUCCCAAAGAAUCCAGAAAAUGGCACUUAAUGGUUUCUGCAGGUACAUUACAAAGAUUAGAGAUUAGAUUUUUUUUCUUACCUUCCUCAUCCUGUAAGGUUUUUUGGUUAAAGUGUGUGAAGAUAAAAAAGAAGCGACGAUAACAUCUUCCCAUAAUGGCAUUCCAGUCACAAAUUUAUCUCGCUGGUGUUGUUCUGAAGGUAUAUGGUUAUUUGGUUCCCCUCUCUCCCCUCGCUCCAUACCACUGUCCAAAAAACAGUAACCCCACUCGUCCUGCUGCAAACCCUGCAAUGUGAUUGAAGGAGGUCAGAGCUGCUGGCGCUGCCUUAUUUGUGAAUAUCGGAGAGAAAAGAGAGGGAAAGCAGCAGUUUAAGGAUUCAAGACAUGUCAGUCAUUGUAUACCUACAAUAAACAACAGUGCAACUAAAGAGUCAGGGUGUCCUAAUAUUAAUGAUAUGGUUUAAAUCUGGGAGAAACAUGCUGUUGCUAUACAUAUUCAUUACUUAUUUUAAUAUUUUACAAAUAAACUGAUGAGGAAAAAUUUGAAUAUUCAUAAACAGUCUGUGGAGUAGAGGUCACAAAUCAUUCUUUAAAUAGUAAUAAUAAUAAUAAUCAUAAUAAUAAUGGAUUAGAUUUAAAUAGCACUUUUCAAGGCACCUAAAGUGCUUUACAUUGUGUCCAUUCAUUCACUCCUCAUUCAUACAUGUGUAGCCACGGCUGCCCUGGGGCAGACUGACAGAAAUGUGGCAGCCACGCGUCCCUACGGUCACGAAUAUUCAUCCACAUUCAUAUACCAAGGAUACCGAAAUACGGCUCAAUGGAUCAACACAAACAGGACCAAGCUUAAAUCAGCCAGGUCCUUUUUGGGGGAAUAAUGUGAAUAAAAUCAGGAUGGGUGGUUCCUGAUUGCUUGUGAAGAUAAUAACAAAUGCACUUCUAUAUUGUAGGUUUGUUGUUUAUCUGUCAGCCCAUUAGUGUGUGUAUGGAAAUGAAGAAAACUCAGGGAUUGUUUUCCCAAAAGAGUACGGGCUGCUAACUUUGGAGUAUCAGAUUCAACUUUAUUCACUUCACAUUCACUAUUUUCUGUCUCAUUUUCCUCAAAUUUCAUCUCAGGCUAUUCAUUUUUGUGUGUUUUGGUCAUUUGGCAUCACCACACCUGCAGCUAAUGUUAGCUAGACCCCUGAUCUAAUUAGCUUUUACUAAACAGAGUAUGCAAAGCUGACAUGAACAAUGAUCACAUUCUCUUGCUUCCAUUGGUUAUUUGAACCUGAAGCAACAAGAGAAAAUCUUUCAGUAUUUCAUUUGUAUGUUGUAUCUUUGUUGGUGCAAGGAGACCAGAAAAUGUCGGGUUUGUGAAAGCUGACAUUAUUAGCACAUAAGUAGCACAAAAACUGCAUCAGACUGUCUGCUGUCUGUCUAGAAUAUUUUCUCAAUUAUUUACACCCCUCUGAUCUAAGUGCAGUUACAAAACAUCCAUUCAUUCAUCACGUGCAGUUGUCUUAUCCUGUAGAAGUUUGCAGGAGAGCCUAUCCCGUCUGACUUUGGUUAGGAAUAAAUAAAAAUGAAGAAUCAAAUUCAAUAGGUUCUGUUACCGGAUGCCAUAUUUAGUUUGGGCAUGGAUGGCUGCUGCUCUUAAAAACUACUAACUACUAAAAACAUACCUGUCCCAUGCCCUUGAGAUAAGAAUGUAUAAUUAUAUAGUAAGAAAUUUGGAUGGGAAGUUGAUAUUUCAUUACUGACUCUUUUUCCUCGCUACUGUUUUUGUCCCAUCAUGCCACGAUAAUGUGCCUUUUUACACUGGCUAACUAGAAAUACUGGAUCUACGCUUAAUGUAUUUCUUACGUGUAAAUAUCUGAUGUAAAGAUGCUAACAGGGAAAAUAAAAAAUCUACCCUGAAAUUAAGAUUGAUAUGUUUCUGCUGGGACCUGGGUCAUUGAUAGCUCAAUUAUGUUUAAAUCCAAGAAAAAGUUAAAAUUAAAGCUAGUUAGCUAAUGACUCAAUGUGCUAGGUAUACGCUAGCUAGGUAGCAUAAUAGCUAAUAAGCUGUGUCAGCUCUGCUUUUGGCUUUUUCCUGUAAUACACUCAAAGAAUAGUUAGGAUAAACUAAAUAUUAUUUGUAUAAAAAUAAUGGGGGGGGCUAAUGUUACAGCUAAUUUUCAGUAUUUUAGCCAGUUGCCAAAUUGCUGAGUCACCUUGUCACAGGUCU